AUGCUAAUCCAUUUUCGCACCCGGAUCCGUUCUCGAACCACUACCAACCCAUUCAAUCCUCUGCAAACCCUAAUACCCAAAUCUUCAAAGACCCUAAAAAUGUCUGCAACCCAGUCGGAUGCGAAGCCAAAAAGACCCAUAUGUCCAUCUUGCUCAAAACCUACCCGAGUCUGCCUCUGCAGUAGGAUCCGUACCCGGAACCUCGACAACUCCGUAAGUGUAACGAUUCUUCAACACAGUUUAGAAAGAAACCACCCUUUAAAUUCUACUAGAAUUGCAAAAUUAGGGCUCAAGAAUCUCAAUGUAGUCACUGUUUUUGAAGUCGAUUUUGAAGCCCGGUUCGAAAUCAGGUUGUUGGAACCGGGUCUAGGUUUGAUUGGACCGGAAAGUUCUGGGUUUGAUCAAGUGAGGGAAAUGGAAAUAACCCAGAAAGCUGGUUUUGAAGUUAAGGGAGAUGGGAAGUGUCAAGAUGAGAAAAAUACGGACUUGAUUGAUGAAAAUGAGAAUCCUUGUGAGAAAUUAGAUAAAGGGCCUCAUGUAGAUUCUAUAAAUGGAGAAGGGGUUGUGAUUAAUACUACUGUGAUUAAGUAUGGAGUUGUUAGUCAUCUUUCUCAUAUUUGGAAACUGGACACACAUGGGAAGAAGCCAAAAUUUGAACACAUAUUGACAUCUACAAUGGCCAAAGAAGCUUUGAGAGGAGGAUUUGUUGUGAAAAAACUUGAAAGGAAGAAAUUAGAAGGGAACAUGGAACUGGAACUAGAAGAAAAUGAAGAAUUUGAAAUCAAGGUUCCACAAGGAUCAGUACUUUUAUUCCCAAGUCAAAAUGCAAUUGGGGUUGAUGAGCUUAAAUCAAUGCAUUUUGAGGUGAAGAAUUUGAUUGUUUUAGAUGGGACAUGGUCCAAAGCUGGUAGAGUUUACAAUGAGAAUCCAUGGUUGAAACUUUUGCCACAUUUGAGGUUGGAUUUGGACAAGAUGAGCUUGUAUAGUGAAAUAAGGAGUCAACCAAAGGUAGGAUGUUUGUCAACCAUAGAGAGCAUUGUAUAUAGUUUGAAAGCUUUGGGUGAGAAGGUUGAUGGGUUGGAGAAUUUGUUGGAUGUUUUUGAAUCCAUGGUUGGGGAUCAAAGGCGCUUAAAGGAUGAAAGGUUGAGUAAAAGAACCAAAGAAUGAUUCUAUUAGUUUCACCAUUGAUGUUACGAUUUCUUGGUGUCAUGUUUCUAAAGCCAAUUUUUUGCCAUUCGGGUUGUUUUUAAAAGGUUAAAGAUGCUCUAAAUUUUUCUAUUCUUAUAAGUUUAGAAUUUAAAUUUUUUUCUUUUGAAGAAUUUAGUUUUUAUUACAAUAUCAUUAAAAAAACUAUUUAAAAAUUAGUCCAAAAUAAAUCUAGACAUAUAAUUGUUCAAAUUCACAUUGAAAUACUGCAUUUCACAAGAAGUGUUGUGAUGGUGAAUCCUCCUGCAUAAAACAAUUAGCAAGGGAUGAAAAUGUAAACAGUCAAAACCAAUGGGGCUAUAAAGUAAAAAAGACGACAAAUACUGAACUAUUUUUUAAUUUCCAAAAUGUCCCUCUUCGAUUUGUUACUUCUAAAAAUCACCCUCUGCCUCUUUCAAGUUCUGUUUUCCAUUUCCAGGACUGGUAUUAGCCGCCAAUUUUUCUUCUUCCAGAGCAAUGCAAAAGCUCCUUUCACGUCCACUCUCGAGCCCCCCAAAACACUCCUUCUCUUACUUCUUCUCCCACUCUGUCUCCAAAACCACUUACGACCCUCCAUUUUCCCCUAUUUCCAAACCUCCAAAACCCAAACCAAAGCCACCCGACCCAACCCCAAACGGGAACCCGACUCCUAUAAAGUCAAGCCUCCCAUUUGAAUUCAGGCACUCCUACUCUGAAACCGACCCGACACUCGAACCCAUCGGGUUCCGAGAGCCAAAGAGGUUUUCUCCAUUUGGACCUGGAAGGCUCGAUAGGGAAUGGACCGGGACUUCAGCGCCGGUCCGAGAUGAAGUGGAUAGUUGUUUGGUCGAAGAGGAGAGGAUACGGGUUCUUGGUGACCCGCUUACAGAGGAGGAAAUCGAGGAAUUGGUUGAAAAGUAUCGGCAUAGUGAUUGCGCUCGGCAAAUCAAUCUGGAUAGUCGGAUUAUUUUGAGUCCGAGCAACAUAGAUUGGAAUGGAUGAUGGGAUUUAGAGAAGGCUUGACUGUGGUCUCGUUGGCAAGGGUUUCUUCUAAAUUUACCUGCAUUAGGCUUUCUCUUAUUUGUUGUUGCAGCUUUACAUCGAUCGGUCUUUUCGAUAGAGGAUUCAACACUUACUUUGAGUCCGAGUAGCAUAAUAGAUUGGAAUGAAGGGUAGAAAUGGAAUGUUGAGAAGGUUUGUUUGUUUUGUGUUAGGGAAGAAUGGGGUCACACACAACAUGUUGGAUGACAUUCAUAAUCAUUGGAAGAGAGCUGAAGCUGUAAGGAUCAAGUGUUUGGGGGUACCAACUCUUGAUAUGGACAAUGUUUGCUUUCACCUUUGAGUAUUUCGAUAGGAAAAAUCCGGGGGGAAAAUCAUCUACCGCCACAUAAAUAUCCUCAUUUUGUAUAGGGGUCGAAACUAUGAUCCCCAAAACCGACCAGUUAUACCUCUUAUGCUAUGGAAGCCUUAUGCUCCUAUAUAUCCGAAGCUUGUGAAAAACGUUGCUGAUGGCCUGACGUUCGAAGAAACCAAGGAAAUGAGAAAUAGAGGACUCCACUCUCCUGCACUUAUGAAUCUCACGAGGAAUGGAGUGUAUGUAAAUGUAGUGGCGAGGGUCCGGGAGGCAUUCGAGACUGAGGAGGUGAUUAGACUAGACUGCACCCAUGUUGGUACGAGUGACUGCAAAAGGAUUGGUGUAAAGCUAAGGGACUUGGUUCCUUGUGUACCUAUUUUGUUCAAGGAUGAACAAAUUAUACUCUGGAGGGGAAAGAGAGAUCAGGAACGAAACUCUGACAUUUCUGAUGCCAACGAGAAAUCUUCGGGUACUUAGUUUAGUUUCCGAACCGGAAAUCUGAUGCAGUAAUGUAUUGGGCUAUCAUUUAUUUAUGCUUCCAGGCCAAAGAAUGUUGGAUAGGUUGCUUGUUGAUCCGUUGCCUGGAAAAGCCAUCGUUCUGAUGAAAAUCAAUGUACCAGUUCGUUUAAGCAACCUAAUUGUCGUCACCUGUUUGCAUUGGUGCAUCCAUCGUGUUGCAUUUGAGACGUCAGGUAGUCUGUUUACAAGUUUGUAAUUGUCCUGAAAUUUAAAACCAGUAUUCAUUUUUCAGGAAAAAAAACCCGUCUUCAUAAUAUAAAAAUAGAAGGUACAUUUUUGGGAAGUUUGUUGCAAAGAUAUCUUUCAUUAACUGAAACAAUGGAAUGAAAGAAUGUUUUGCACUAAUCCCUUUAUAUUUGUAGCUACUGUAGACCUUUUGUUCUAUAAGAGAAUCUGUCUUAAGCGCGUCUCCAUUUGUAAAAUGGUUAAAUAUGUUGUUUAUUUGACAGUAAUGCAUCUUAGAUAGUGUGAUGUGAAAUUUGGUCAAAUGGUUUAAUCCAAUCUGACCCAAGAUUAGACUAAGAAUUCUUGAGAAAAAUGUGAAAUUAAA